GCAACAGCUGGGGGAUCCAUAGCAACCGCAGAUAAACAUGAGUUACUAUAUCAGGUCUGAGAUGAAGAUAAAGAGUGAUUGAGUUACUAAAUCCUUCCUGUCAGCUCAGAGCACUCCCUUCAUUCUCCUCAUCAUCAGUGUGUUUCAUCCUGAAGACCCUCCAGCUCGAGCAGCUUCACCUCCACUGCCACAGCCAGUUCCUUGAACGAUGACAGCAAUAGCUUGAGACAGCAGAAGCUGGAGAAACAGAGAGUUCUGCUAGAGCAGAAACAGCGGCGAAAGCGCCAGGAGCCCUUGAUGGUGCAGCCGAACCCGGAAGCUCGUCCACGUCGUUCUCGCCCACGCCGCAGUGAGGAACAGGCUCUACUCGUCGAUUCCCGCCUCAGUAUCACCAAUGAUGUCAUCUUUGAUGCAGGUAUUGAUGGACCUGCAGCUUUUUUGGGUUCAGAGGCUUCAGAUCUGGGUACAAAGAUCCAAGUGCAAUCAGUCAGCCAACCACAGAAUCCCUCUCCUCCUCCAUCUGAGGAGCCUGAGAGAGAUGGAGACACUGAAACGUUGCUGGAACCCAAAACGGACAUACACACACUACUACAAAGACGGGGACUCUCAGACAGCAUGAACUAUGAUGAAGUCAGUGAUGAUGAUAAUGAAGAAGAAGACAGAGCCAGUUCUCUUUCCCCUAAUACAGAGUCCACACGUCCUGCCUCUGCAUCUAGCACCAAGUCCAGCACAGAGUGUGUGAAUGUGGCCUCACCAACAGCAGAAGGCCCCUCCAUUGAGGUGGACAAUCUAGAGGAAUUUGUGCUGAGACCGGCCCCACGUGGUGUUACAGUAAAGUGCCGUAUCACACGUGAUAAGAAGGGAAUGGACCGUGGCCUGUACCCCACAUACUUUAUGCACCUGGAGAGAGAAGAUGGCAAAAAGUUGUUCCUGUUGGCUGGUAGAAAAAGGAAAAAGAGUAAGACCUCCAACUAUCUGAUAUCAGUAGAUGCCACAGACCUGUCUCGCGAGGGUGAAAGCUUUGUGGGAAAAUUGAGAUCGAAUCUAAUGGGAACUAAGUUCACUGUGUAUGAUAACGGCACAAACCCCAGCAAGAGUAGUGGAGCUCUGCUGGAAGAGAGCAACACACGGCAGGAACUAGCAGCUAUCUGCUACGAAACCAAUGUGCUCGGAUUUAAAGGCCCACGCAAGAUGACCGUCAUCAUCCCCGGCAUGAACAUGAACUUCGAACGUGUUCCUGUUCGUCCCACAAAUGAUCAGGAGUCUUUAUUGAGUAAAUGGCAAAAUCGCUCACUGGAGAAUCUAAUCGAGUUGCACAAUAAAGCUCCGGUUUGGAACGACGAUACACAGUCCUACGUGCUCAACUUCCACGGACGGGUCACGCAGGCUUCUGUCAAAAACUUUCAGAUUGUCCAUGACAACGAUCCGGACUACAUCGUGAUGCAGUUUGGUCGUGUUGCUGAGGAUGUGUUCACGUUGGACUAUAACUAUCCUAUGUGUGCACUGCAAGCCUUCGCUAUAGGCCUGUCCAGUUUUGACAGCAAACUGGCCUGCGAGUGAUUCAUGCUACAGUUAAAUUCUUUAUCUGUUAUACAUGUGACCACAUGCUCGUUCGAGUCAUUCAUUCCAUAGCUUGGACAGUUUUUCCACUAUUUUUUCUAUUUUUCCUCUCCAAAAACUCCUACCAUGCUCCUUUACCUGAAGUCGAAAUUGUAUGCGUCAGCUCUGAUUACAGUGAAGAAAUCUAAAUUAACAAAAAAUGACAUAUCUUUAGAAAAACCUGUCUCUUAAACAAGAUGUCACCAAGGUAAGAAAUUAAAAUGAGUAUUUAUUGAGUAAAUUGCAGCGUUAAUCAGAGUAUGAUGGAGUUCUGCAGUAAAUUAUGUGGAGCGAUUAAAUGCACCUCUAGGAGCUCAACUUACUCCUACAACUUACACAGACUUCUGGUGGAAAGGUUCUGUUUCUGAGUUCACUAGCAUUUACUACUAGGCCUGUUUGUUUCUUAAUUAUCACCAAAAAUGUUUCAGUAGAUAUUUUUUUUAAAUUUUAGAGCCAUGAAUUGAAUUAGGAAUCAGCUGUCACUUUGUUAUAUAAAAAAAAAAAAAAGAGAAAAGAAAACUUUUUUAUAAGGGAAAGCCAUCAUCUGUAUACCAGCUGCUCUGAAUGUCUUCUUUUGUGUGUUGUUGUGUAUCAGCACUUCCUGGCUAUAAAAGGUUUACAAGUGACCAUCGGAAAAGGGACAGUUAUCACCGUGUUCGUCAGUGUGCACAGCGUAUUGGUGUUUGUUACGCUUUUAACCGUCUUAUAUAGUUCUUAAAUUACAUCAUGUUUUUUAACAUAAUCAGAUUUUUAAAUGCAGGUUUGUUUGUGAUGGUGAGUUUUUAUCGUGGUUUCGCGUAUCGCUUAUUGUUUGUGUGGCAGUGUUGGAGUCUUUUUUAUCUCUUUUGAAGCCUGUCAUGACUCACAGCUCCUGUAAACAGAUGAAGCACAUGUUGAAAUGAACAGAGCUUAUAGAGGAGCAUCAUGUCCCUUGUCCAAUGUCCACCAAUCAGAUUCUACAAUCUGGUAAACUAGACUACUGUGCUCCCGUUCCAUGACCUUACAGAGGCUGUUUUUUUUGUGUUCCUAUAUAUUUAAAUUAUGAUUAUGGCUCAGCAUUGUCAAGUGAAUUUUUUUUUUUUUAUUAUUAUUAUUUUUUUUUAUAUCCGCAUAUAUAUAUAAAUGCGGCCAUUUAAAUCAGGGCUUCUUAAUUCCAGUGGCUGGAAUCCACCACAGAUUACACAUCCAAAUAUAUAAAAGUGCAGAAACUUAUCACAAAUUAUAAUUCAUUUGAUGUAUACAUUAGUUAAUCUUCUUGUGCAUGUAAAUCACAUACUCAGGAGCACGAGUAGGAUAGAGAAAAGCUUUUUCCCCUGAAAUUAUGUGAUUUUCACAAAUACCAAAGUGCUUUAAACGCUCAGAUGAACGAAAUACGAAUAAAUCUGAUAAAUGAGGAUGUAUUUAUCAGAGUCUGUAUGUCAUUUUAAGAUGAAAGCGAGCACAGGAAAAAGAAAGCCAAAGAAAGCAACACAAGGAAACAAAAAAAGAGAUCGAUUUUAAUCGGCAUGACAAAGUAACUGUCCAGUCAAAAACGGUGACUAACAGUGACCCUCUCGCAAAUCAACGUGGUCCAAAUCGUGAAGGUCUUAAUGAGUAUUGUAAUCGUAUUGAGGCGGUGAAAUCUUCAAAAUCUGCCCUGCCUUUGGUCAAUUGCCUCUGUAAUUAAGAACCCGCUGGUUUAAGUAAGGUGUCAAUACAGCAGUCCUGGAGGGCCCACCGUACUGUUUAUUUUAACAUCUAAAGCCAAUACAGACUGAAUUUGAAGAGAAACAUGUAUGAAGAGAAACACAGAUCUCUGCAGGGCUGUGAUCUUCCAGGAACAUGUUCAAUUCUCCUGCUUUUAAUGCUUUGGUGUGCCUUGAUGUUUUCUAUCAGUAAAAUACACUGAAAUGAUGACCACCUUAAAAUGGAAACACAAAUGAGAAAACUAUUUUGGUAGUAGAGCCCUAACUGUCCUAAUAUGUUAGACUUCAAGCACAUUUAGCCCCAGUACAGUUAGUGAUCUUUAAAAAUUAGUUAUUAUUUAUGAAAAUUCACUUACAUACAUAUAUACAUGUAGUUAUGGGAGAAAAAGAAAUUACACCCUUCUUUAAUUCUGUAUAAUAAUAAUUGCGUAGUCACAAACUUCUGUAAACAAACAAAUAAACAUUAAACUAAACACUAAAGUUUUGGCAGAAGUAGCUUGAGUCGACAAAUCCAGACAUGCACAAUUCAACUCAGGAUUUACAAAUGAGUUUGGGACUUUUUUUAAAAAAAACUCUGUUCUGGAGCAGAUCCUGGUCAUUCUUGCUUGUAUACUGUGUGUAAUGAAACAGCUAACAGUUUGCUGGAAAUUUCACAAAGCCUAUAUUUUCCAUUUAAUAUUUUGGUGCGGAGUAAUAUUUGCACAACUUAUAUUUUGCUUAUGGUGUGUUUGAGCGACUCAUUUUUGAAAAUUUAAGGUCUUGUAAUUUUAUGAAAGUGUAUUAUAUGCUGACUUGUACAUAUGGCUGUAAAUAAAAUGUCAGUGAAAUAA